CUGCAAAGUCGCGUUAAAGGUUUUCGUUUCGAUUGAACCUUUUUUUGGGAUUGCAUUCACUCCCAUAGGGCUUCUUCAAAAUUCCGCUCAAUUGUGCAUAUGUACGUGUGUGUGCAUGUGUGUGUGUGUGUGUGUGCUUGGUGUGUGGUGAAUGAUGUGUGUGUGUGUGUUUAGCGGCGGGUUUUCUAACGGUCAGCGUGUAUUGAAAUUUUAAUAGGAAAAGACUAAACACUCCCAAGUGAUAAGUUGACAUUGAUAUAGACAUUGUUAUUCAAAAGUUUCGUGUUGUGCUGCAUUCAAAAGGCUCGAUAGUCCUGUCUCCGUGUCAGUGUCAACUGUUGCUGGCAUCGUGCAAGCGAAUGAAAGUUAUUCGGAGACUUAAAACUAAACGAUUUGAAAUAAAGUGACUAGCCUUGGAAACAUAAAAAGACAGAAAAGUCUGGAUUGCCAACUGAUUUAAGAUGCUUUUACUGAACGGAGACAACAAGUCAAAAGUGGAGGCAAUGUAAGCAGACAACUGGAACUGGAAGCAACCUAAGAGCAGAGCAGAGCAGAGCAGGACAGAGCAGACCCACAUUAGAAUAGGGAGCAUAAAUUGUAACAAGCAUAGAGCAAAACGGGAGGCAAAAUGCGCUCACUAGCUCACAGGGCAGCGGAGGCAGGUCUUCAAGGCACUGAGGACGACCUUAAUGAUAUCACCAACAAUGACAAUACAACUGAAUCUAUAUAUAGCAUCAAGUCCAAGUGGAUUACCGAAUGGAGUCUCAACAAGGAACGGGAGAAGCUAUGUAGCAUUAUCUUUAAACGUAUUUUGGAGCAUGCCGAAUGCAAACGACUACUAGAGGCAGCUAAAAUCUAUGGCGAGAGCAUUGACUUUAAUUCCUGGUCGGCAAACGAUCAAUUGCAAUGGUAUCGCAAUUAUGAUUACAAUGAGACAACAUCAUCGGGUGUAAAGAAUAAUUCCGCUGGAUCCGGUUCGAGUUCAACCAGUACGGAGGCAAGUCUUUCACCCGUUUUGCCACCAUUUGCAUUGUGGCAAACGAUUUUGAUAGCCAUCUGUCUGGUGGCAUGCAUCAUUCUAACCGUCGGGGGCAACAUACUCGUUCUGUUGGCCUUCAUUGUGGAUAGGAAUAUACGACAGCCCAGUAACUACUUUAUUGCAUCCCUAGCCGCAACAGAUAUGUUGAUAGGUACGGUUUCCAUGCCCUUCUAUACGAUCUAUGUGCUUCGUGGCUAUUGGGAUCUUGGUCCUGUUCUCUGUGAUCUAUGGCUAUCUGUGGACUAUACGGUGUGUCUGGUGUCUCAGUAUACGGUUCUGUUGAUCACCAUCGAUCGCUAUUGUUCGGUGAAGAUAGCAGCCAAAUAUCGCAGCUGGCGUACCAAGAGAAGAGUCAUCUAUAUGGUGACUAUUACAUGGAUUAUUCCGGCUUUGCUGUUCUUUAUUUCCAUAUUUGGCUGGGAACAUUUUACGGGUAAACGAGAUUUGCUGCCAGGCCAGUGUGCUGUGCAGUUUCUCAAGGAUCCCAUCUUCAAUACGGCCCUGAUCAUUGGCUAUUACUGGACCACGUUGAUUGUGCUCUUUGUGCUAUAUGCGGGCAUCUAUAAGACGGCCUACGACAUGCAAAAGCGGAGCGAGGCCAAGCAACGUAAAAUGCAAUCAAUGGUGGCUUUAAGUGCUGGUGCCAUGUCUGGAAUGGCUGGACAUGCGGCUGGCAUUGGAGUGAUCGAGGAGAAAAUACUAAAGACUAAGGUCGAGUUGACCGGCGCGGGAUUGAACGAGUUGACAGAGAGUGGAGCCACAACCUGUACGACAGCCGUGAAGCGUCUGAGUGGAUCGGGCCAAGCCAAUCCUUUGGCACAGGCAGCGGAAGAGGUGGAAAAGAUGACACCCGAGCAACGUCGUGCAUCGGCGGCAAAAAUCGAAGAAGCACGCAAACGAGAUGCCGCCGAGGCGGAGAAGAGUGAACGUUCUAGCAGUCCGGCAUUCGAUUCGGAUGAAGAGUCGUCUGUGAAUCAGACACAGCAGAUUGUUAACCAGCAGAAGCUGACAAAUCUGCGGAAACGCUCCUCCAUUGGUCUAGUAUUUGGGGCACAGGCUGCUCUAUUGGCCACACGCAGCAAAGGUAACUUGCAAAAGAAUACCACCAACUCCAAGUCUAUCGAAGCCAUGCACUUUAUGGGCGUUGGUGCCCGUUCGCCGCACCAUUAUCCAAGUAAUGCCAAUCCAACAAGCCUCCAGCGUGCCCAGAGCAAGGAAGAGGUGGGCAUGGCCCAUCAACUGAACCACCAACAUCAUCAUCUUCCUCACCAGCAUCAGCACAUCUUGCUUGAACGACCCAAGCGCACCUCCUGCUCCACUCUCUCCCAGAUAGCCGAGCAUGAGAGGCAUUCUGACUUCCAGCCCCAAAACGAUCCGGUUUCCCCCGUGAAUUUAGCUCCCAUUGAAGUGCCAUGCGAACAGGUGCAUCAGGGAUUGGUGCAGACCAUUCUACCGCCACCCGAUGCAUUCCAGUGUCCCACACCCCUGUCCGAUUAUUCGGAUCGUCCCUUUGGCAACAGCUCUGGCAAUAGUGAACUAGCCAUGACCUAUGACCUGCUCACAAAUAACUCCGAGUUACGCUACAUGGAUGAGAGCUCAGCCAUGAUGGCCAUUACAACAACCGCCAGUGCAACGGUCACCGCCAAUACCACUUCAUCCACUCCCACGCCCGCCAUGCCCACUUCCACGUCUCAGCGGAGCGCCCUGCCACCACCGCCACCCGCACGUAAGAAUCCCCCGAGCUCCUCCCCCGUUGAGAUGACCCAAGAGGUGGCCAUUGAAAAACGUCUUCUCAUCUCGUACACAGGCAUCGAGGAAGUGCGGCGUGAGAGCUGCAUUGAAGCCAUUUGCCUGCUAGAUGUGCCCGGCAAGCUAUUGCCGUCCGAAUGUCCCCACCGUCGUGCCUCCAGUCCGCUGGAGACAAGCAGCAAGGAUGCCAUCCUCUAUUCCCCCAUGCCGCCGCGGCCGAUGUCCCCGAAAGUCCAACAAGUUGCACCGCCAGCUGCUAGCCAGGCGCAAUCGCAGGCCCUGGAACGUAUUGAGGAGCGUGAAACUUCCGAUAGUAACACAAAUAAGAUGCCAUCCACAUCGGGCACCACUAGCAGCUCCGGCGGCGGUCUAGCCGGGGGCAGCCGCAAGGAUCGGGAUCGCGAUUCCACCAAAGAGAGCGGCGUCUCUCAUCGUGGGUCCAGCAAACGGGCCUUCAUCCACUCCAUUGGCAAGCAUUUGAAGAGCAAAAAGACCCUGCCCCUGGUCAUGGGUGGCAGCCGACAGAAGUCCAAGUCUGAGAAUCGUGCCCGCAAAGCGUUUCGCACCAUCUCAUUUAUAUUGGGCUGCUUCGUGGCCUGCUGGACUCCGUAUCAUGUGUUGGCCCUGGUCGAGGGCUUCUGCCGGAAUCCACCAUGCACCAACGAGCAUCUAUAUAUGUUCUCAUAUUUCCUUUGCUAUGCCAACAGUCCAAUGAAUCCCUUCUGCUAUGCCCUAGCCAAUCAGCAGUUCAAGAAGACCUUUACGCGCAUUCUCAAAGGAGAUUUGCAUAUGACUUAAGUCCAUUUUCCGACUAUUUUCAAGUUUGCUUCAAGUGAAUCACUAUCUUCUUGGCUAUGGAAUUGGUUGAGCAAUGUAUUUUCAUUGCGGUGCAAUUCUCUCGAGAGAGCCCCUCCAGAGUUUUGCCCACUCACAAACCAAAAAAAUGAAACCCAAACCCAAUUUAGUUAUAAAUGUUUUCUAUGUUAGGAAAACGCAAUGAAAAUGCUCCGCUUUCAACCGAAAUUCCCAUCAAAUUAGCCAUGAAGAAGCAAUUUACCUGGAAUUAAACUUUAAAAACCAAAGAAAAACAAA